GGAAAUCGAAACAGGUAUCGAUGAGUGUGUCAAAAUGUGUUAUCAUUUCACUGUAAUAUAUGCUGUGUGUUGAUGGUUUCGUGCGGGUGAUGAAACAUAUUUUAUAAUGGACUUCGGACCCGUGUCAAAGCAGACCAACUCCUCUACAAAACAACGCCAUCGACAAACAACAUAGAGAUGUAGUAUCUACUAUACAAAGUCACAUCGUUGUAUACGCCUAGCCUGUUUCUCGAAGGUUAUUCAUAGAAACGAGCGACUUCACCUCAAUUAUCCAUCUAAGAAAUUGGAAUUUUCGCUAUUGAUUUUCUUCUGUACUCCCUCCGACGAUCGAUAUAAUCUGUUUUAACAUUUAGUUGUGUAUGGUGAUAUAGAAAACUACCGGUAUGGGCGAAAAACCAGUUCACCCUAAUAGUGGGAAACAUACUCCCCAGCGCCGACGUCAACGGACAGGGGCUCCUCCUGGCGUCGAGGUCAGCUUAUGUACCAAGUACUGUAUGUUUUUCAUGAACGUUCUGUUUUGGGUCCUGGGUGCUGCCAUUUUGGGCUUCGGGAUCUGGGGCUUAAUUGCGAAGAAUGGUGGCAUAGUGGAUGCCAUUGCUGAAGACCAACAGGUGAAAUUGGACCCGAUGUGGAUGUUUGUGUUUGUCGGCGGAUUGAUAUUCACGCUCGCUUUCUUUGGGUGCAUCGGUGCCUUGCGAGAGAACACGUGUAUGCUGAAAUUCUUUGCGUACUCCGUCAUCUUAAUAUUUCUGUUGGAAAUUACUGCAGGGGUGCUUGGUUACAUUUAUCAGGAUAGAUUAGUGAAUAUUCUGGAAACCUACGUAAACAAAACUAUUUUAGCAUACUAUGACGAUGCUGACACCCAAUAUUUAGCAGACGAAAUGCACCAGGGACUAAAGUGCUGUGGAAUACACGAGCCUAGCGAUUGGGAGGCCAAUAUGUAUUUUACUUGUGAUGGACCCGCAGCGACAGAGUGUAGCGUGCCGUAUUCUUGCUGCAAGCCUGUAGACGGUGUAGUUAACUACCAGUGUGGUUACGGUGUGUUGGAACUAACACCAGGCGAACAGGAAGAUAUUAUAUAUACCAACGGAUGUGCCGACGAGUUAAAAGAUUGGUUCCAAACUAACAUUAUUUUCAUCAGUAUAGCAGGAGGGUUGCUGAUGAUUUUGCAGUGUAUUUUUAUUUGUCUGGCGAAGGGGAUGAUCAACGAUAUUGAAGCAGUGAAAUCGUAUUGGUAGUGGUAGCACUGAUCGCAUCGCGGAGGAUCCAGGAGCCCGGGAGUACCCUCCUCUCUACACCAUACAAUUUUAUUACUCGGCAAAAACCAUACACAUCUACAAACACAAAUAACACUUGCUUGCAUGCAGUGUUGAGUUUCGUCAGAUGGUUAUGACAAACACAAAUUGGAGGAUAAAAAUAAGAUAAAUUUGGAUAGCAGAUCAACACUAAAGCUAUAGAGAUAGCCAUUAUGAUUAUUUUUAGUUCCGAAUGAUCGUUUACGUAACCUUUCUUUAUAAAUGGCAUUAGCAGAAUCAACUUUUUGCAAUUGUACCGUAAUGUAUCUAACGUGACAUUCACUGAAAGUCGCAGUCUGCUUUUAAAGCUUCGAAUAUAAAAAAUGUGCAUAGGAAAUGUUCGGACAGAAACAUAAUGGAGAAUAAUAUCAAUGUAUAUAAUUAUAACGUACCGUAAAUCGUUCAAUCCUAUAUUUAUAAGAAUUAUAAAAUUGUACUGACAAACUGCUUUUUAAUCACUUUCAAAUUGAACAGUAUUUACGUAAUUAACAUUUUGUAUAUUUUCGUCAUAAACAGAGUCUUGUAGAUUUAAAUUUAAAGUAUUUCAGAAUGUGUAUAUUAGGUCUUACACCGUUAAUGUGUAUGCCUAUCCACACACAAUUCAAUUUCCAAUAUAAAUUAUUAUUUCGUAUGUUGAUAUAUUUUCUUUUUUAAUUCUAUUUUUUGUAAGAUUUAUACAUUUCAAUAUACUAGAUAUCUGUUCACAAUGUAAUAUAUAUUUAUAUAGGAUAAUUGUAUAACUGUGAAUACAGUCGGAUCACUCCGUUGUCAAACUACAGUAUUAUACAGUAAUAUACGAGGGGUUUUUUUUUUGCCCUACUUAACAUAUUAUCAUACCGAAUAACUCAGUAGGAGUCGGGUGGGUAUCGAACCCAUCGGACCUCCAGAUAACUAACCUAGUGUCAUAACCACUAGACCACCGAGCUUGCGCUUAGUGACUAGCAUUGAAUUCGAUCCCCGGCAAGUAGCAGCGGGUACUGCAAAUGCUAUUUCGACCUCCCCUCCUCAGCAUUACUGAUUUAUAAACACUAUGUACAAGUUGGCAUAUCUAUUAGUGAUUAGUUUUAACCAAUCACUAACUUGUACAUAGUGUUUGUAAAUCAGACAUGCUGAGGACCUGAGUACAAGUAAAUAUUCAAGUUGAAAUAAAAUUGUGCUCUAAAAGUCU